UGCCGGGAAAGUAUUGGUCGAUGGACCCACAACGUCAGCGCUGAACUGGCAGUGACUGCGCCGAGUUGGUCGUGUAUACCGUACAUUAUGCCGUGGCCAAUAACUACACAAUCAGUGAUUUUGUGUGAAGUCACUGUUUGCCUCCGAUCACUGUACACGGAAUCACGCGCUUGUCUGGGUGAGAGAUGAUAACACCCAACCACUCAGAUGAUACAAGUAAAAAGCGCUCUAUACAUUCUAGUAUGACAAAUGAAUGAUGUUCAUAUUUGUUCUUUUCAGAUACGGCGCCGACGAAUAGAAAAAAACUGACAAUUGCUGUGACACUUACUCGUGGAAAUUGGAAGGGAGACUUGGGAAUAUAAUAAGUUGGCGUGAUACGUCGCACAGUGUGAGGUCCUUUGUGAUCGGAUGGUACCAGCUCUCAUUCAACGGGAGAAACUUUCGUUAUUUUGAGAAGUUCUUUCACAUAGACCGGGAAUAGCCAUUGAUGGUACAGCUAUACUGGCGCGCGUCUGCUGCUGUGGAAUUUAGAAAAAAACCUGGAGCUGCGUCUCACUUGGUCUGCAAUCGUGGAUAUGAUAUUUGGAUUGAGUAGGUGAUAGGACUUUUCUUGGACGUCAUCAUGUGGAUGUGCGGAGAGUUCCUCAACCGGACUCCGAGGAUGCCCUGGAAACUUAUCAGUGUGCUCUUUUUGUGGUUGGCGCUCAAAGGGAUUCCGUGCUCAGCAAAAGGAAAUCCCGGUAGGCCCCUCUUUACAAACUCCGUCAUAAGCCACGUGGGAGGAUAUAGGUACACCGUCGUGGAUAAGUACGGACGGCCCACGAGCCGAUGGCGACCGUCGUCCAUGUCCACGACCCGUGGCCAGCCGGGGCCUACGAUCACCACCACCGGGGCGAGCUGCCGGUACGGCCGGCGCUUCGGAUGCUGCUACGGCUGGAAGCGGGACAUCUACGGACGCUGCCAACCUAUCUGCGAGAGGCCCUGCGUGCAUGGAACCUGCCUCGGUAAUAACCAGUGCCAGUGCGAGCCGGGAUACCGUGGUUCAACAUGCGCCAAAGACGUCAAUGAAUGCAGUAGCCGGCCUUGCCAGCACCGCUGCAUGAACACCAUGGGCAGCUACCGGUGCUACUGUGAAGAGGGCUACACGCUCCGGAGCGAUAAGAGCUCUUGCAUGUAUGACAGGCGGUGCGAGUCUAUGCGCUGUUCCUACGGAUGUCAGGAGCGGGGGCGCUAUUACGUCAUGUGCAUCUGCCCGGAAGGUAUGCGAGUCGCCAGUAACGGCUAUAGCUGUAUUGAUAUCAAUGAGUGUGUGGAGAACCCAUCGAUAUGCCCGUCAGACAAGAGGUGCCACAACACGUACGGCAGCCACAUGUGCAUGUGUCAGAUGGGACUGAGCUAUAAAUUCAUCGACGGACAAUUCAAGUGUGCCGAUGAAGACGAGUGCGCCACCAGGCGGCACAACUGCCACAAGGACGCCAUGUGCACCAACAGGGUUCGGGGCUACAGGUGUGAAUGCCAGCCAGGCUUCGCAGGCAACGGCACCUACUGUGUCCCAAUAGAUCCGAGGACGUGUGUCAACGAUCCAUGCUUCCCCAACGUGACAUGCACGGACCGGAACAUCAACCCAAACAGUAUUGAGUACGUGCCGAGCGGCCCUGGCCUGGUAACGCUCUUCUACUGUGGUCCGUGUCCAGAAGGAUUCAUCGGGGAUGGAGUCGCUUGUCAAAAGUUACCACCAAAAGUUGUUGCUCUGACAACCACCGAGCCAACACCUGCACCAAAAAUUUCCUCCACCAAGCGACUCACGACAACAAUGAUGUUGACGACCACAACGCCUACGACAACAGCGGCACCAACAACGACGUUAGCGACUACAACGCCGCCUACGACGACAGUUACUACGGCAACGCCACCAACGACCACGAUUGCAACAACAGCACCUCCAACCACUACUGUAACAACAACGGCGCCACCUACAACAAAGGUUACAACGACGAAGCCACCAACAACCACAGUCACAACAGCCCCACCAACCACAGCACCACCUACUACAGUCACAACAACAGCGCCACCAACGACUACAGUCACAACAACAGCGCCGCCAACGACCACAGUCACAACAACAGCGCCACCAACUACCACAGUCACAACAACAGCCCCGCCAACGACCACUGUUACCACAACAAAUCCGCCCACAACAACUCCAAAGCCGAUACCAACAAAACCAACUAUUACAACUACAAAACCGGCUGACAUACCCCAGAAAGAGCAGCCGCCUUCAAGCGUCUCCACAACCGCUCGCAUCAAGCAUCCCAAAACGACAAAACCGACCCCGACUAUCACCACGCAACUCACAACGACAGUGACCACAACAGCGCCGCCGACCACGACCGUCACAACCACACCUCCAACCACGCCCACCACAAGACCUCCGACCACAACCGUGCCCCCAACGACCACUGAGCCGACCACGACGGUGCCACCAACGACCACGGAGCCGCCCACUACCACGCCUCCGCCGCCAUCGCUCGAGGUUACCAGCGUGGACUCAGGCAACGCCAAUGCCAUCCUACCGGGCGUAGAUGUACGAUUAAUGAUUCCAGAAGACAACGAAAAUGCUACCAGGAUACUGGAAAACGGCACCACGGGUGCCGAUGGAAUCUGGAAGUUUAUCAUCCCAGAAAACACGCCGGUGAUCAUCACUGCUAGAAGACCAGGAUUUCUGGACACCUCCUACGUUUACAAAUUCAAACCAGAGGAAAAAAAUGUCUUAACGAUUGAAAUGAGUCUACCCGAGGAGGUACAGGAGUGGUCGUGGAAGUCCGGCUACUACAAGCGAAUCACCUACGGCGACCAGCAAGACGUAGCCAAGCAGUACCGGGUUGAAAUCUCGCCAGGUGCCCUUGACGUCAUCGAGGGGGCAGCGGUCACCAUGCGGUUCUCUCCCGUUGACAUGGCCGACAAGGAAAAAGUGGCCAACGUACCGGAACUGAUUGCCGCUGUGCCAAACAGACGAGGAGGAUACGACAUGGAAGGCCUAGAGGUGUACGCCAUGGUCGAAACCUCGAUCUACGAGACUUCUACCUAUAAGGAGAUAGAUGUGCUCCUGCCGGUCAUUAUCGAGAUCCCCCUACCGGAAGAUUUGACGGAUGCACGGCACGGUCAGCAGAUCGAGGCCUGGUACUUCAACGCGGAAUCAGGCGUGUGGAUGAGAGCAGGCAAGGGACAGGUGGAGUAUUACCGGGGUGGAGUGAUGAUCUGGCGGUACGGGGCCCGGCAUUUCACCUGGUGGGCCGUGGGCCGGACCUUCCCGGAGACCAACUGCGUGAUUGUCAGUACCUGCGCUGAUAAGGGGUGCAAUGAGCCGAUAGCCAAUGUGCCAGUCAGGAUAACCGGCAUAGACUUCUUCUUCACCGCCUCCAAAGUCACGAACGAGCUCGGCCGGACCUGCUUCCACUUCAAGCGGCAGGGUCAGGUCCGGAUCAAGUCGCCCUGCAUCGAGCUGGUCACCAGGAACACGCAGGGACGGGGCAAGCCCUCCAUGUGCCCCGCCGACAUCAACGGCGAGAUCAUCCAGACGCAGGCCAGUAACACCAUCGACAGAUGCGCCUCGGUGCGGCUGGUGCACCGGGGAGCCAAGACCACAUGCGAUGACCCAGACACGACGCGGGGCGCCAUCGUGGUAGGCAGUGACUACACCUACGGCGGGCAGGUCACCUACUUCUGCGGGCCAGAAUCGUACAUGGUGGGCAACCCUCACCGGGUCUGUACGGACUGCGGCCAGUGGGGCGGUACGAACCCCACCUGCGAGUUCGUCAACAACGGCGUCAGCUACCAGUACCCGUCCGAGAAGCCCUUCUCCAGGGCCGAAGCCGCUACCACGACCGAGGUGGCUACCAGGACCGCCCGGCCUGGCGGAGGGGGCGGGGGCCGCGGCGGUAGCGGCGGCCGUGGUGGCGGUGGCGGCGGCGGCGGGUCAGGGAAACGGAGGAAGAGGAGGCGACGGCCCAGAAUUAGGAGACCGGUACCGGUUACACCUUGAGGUUUAGUCAUAGUAUUUUAGAGUCUAGAAGAAAAGAGAAGACACAGUCGCCAAGGUGCUUUUCUUUAUCUUGUCUUUACCUUAUGUAGGAGUUUGUUUAGUUUGCUUUUUUUCAAAACUCGAGUGUGUUUUCAAGCCUCGGCCCUGGUUCCAGCUUCGGCUAAUCGGAGGCUACAAAUAUAAUAUAGAAGCCUUUCUCCAAAUCCAGUGCAAAUAAUAUCAGCAGGUUUCCCAAGUCCCAGGCCAAAAUGUCCUGCAUUCGACGUUGGAGAAAAGUCGAGAUUUGAAACCACCAAUUUCCUAGAAAGCUCAGAAUCUACCUUGGACCGUUCAGGUGUCUUGACACCUAGAGGAUGACGUGAGUGUUGGGUCUUGGCGACUGUGUCUUUCUUUGGUUCUUCUUGUGAUAUAGGAGCAAGAUAGGAGUUGCCAUUCCAUGUUGACAUGCGAGGAAAAAACUCCACUAGAUGCUGCAGUGUGUGAACAAAAGAGUAAAAACCCACGCCUAAAACAAGAAUGUACAUAUCAAGCCAUACGCAGCUAAAAAAAAUCCCUGUCUUACGCAAAAUGUAAACGGAGAAUCCAUAGAGACAAGAACACAAUAGUUGCAAUAAAACAGAGAAUGUUUUGUCAGUCUGUAGAUGUGUCGAAUCAAUGUUCUACAAAAUGUUGCACGGCUUUUAAAUAAGAAAUCUCUAUUUGAACAUGACUUAUUUUACACUACCCGCUGGUCGUAGCGCCUGAAAAAAACUAUAUUUUUUGCCUACUAGAAUGAUAUGGAGAACAGCAACAUCGAAUGGCAAUUCCUAUUUUUCCUCUUCACAAUCUUUAGCUUGGAGCUUUAUUUGUGACUGAUAUUUUUGUGUGGCUGUAUUUAUAAAUAAUUUCAAUUGAUGUUGCAAGCACGAUAUGAGGCAAUCGCUCUCUGUUAAAACUCCUACUGCCCCUAUUGCUAUUUGUAACAAUAGCGCCACCUGUUGGCAAUAAUACUAUGCUAUUUUUUUGUACUGCGUCAUUGGUUUUCGUUUAUAAGAAGUAACUUUUCGUCAAAUGUCGGUCCCGUAGUCUUCGUUCUCUCGGUACGUUGUUACCGGUACCUCGCAUCUCUUUAACAUUUGGUGCGCCUCGUUAUGUGUGUUAUGUAAAACGUGAUGAUGCCAUUUCUUGUCAUUGUAAAGUAAGUCGUGUGUUGUUUAUUGUAUAAUGCUGCUUAUUUAUUUAACGCUUUGGCUUCGUGACGGUUUGGGGCAGUAUGUUUUUCACUUUUUUUUACAAGGUACUCAAUGUUAUUUUCGUAGGAAUUUUGAUCCUCUGAAAUCCUCACUGGCGCUUUAGAGUGACCUUUUGACAUGACUCUGCAGAUGUAGCACGAUAUGUGACAGAGGGCCCCCCCCCCUCUUAUGUGUUGGUCAUUAUGUUAGCAGAAUCUCAGGAAUUCUUUUGAGAUAUCUGGGGGAUGUGUUAGGUAACAAUAGUCUAGGGUGUGUAUAGGGUAUAGGGAGAUUGGGGGGUGUACCCCUCUGUCACAUAUCGCACUGGGUAUAUGACUCUGGUUUAGGAUUUCUCAACCAAAUUGAAGACGUAGAUCUUCAGUACAUUAUGUAACUCAACAAUUUUCUUCAACAACCAAUGAUUUAGUUUGUAUUAAUUAUAGGUAAACCCCAUUCAGAAUGUUUUUCUCGAACGUAAAAACCACUCCCCUAACUGAAAACAAAACCGGUUUCAUACACCUAAAAGCAUUUGAGUAAACCAGCCUCUCUUGUGUGAUUUCUUCACAUUUUCUUUCAGAUGUGCUUACACAAAUCAGGUUUUUAUAGUUCUUGUUAAAUGUGUAACACUAAGUUUUAUUUAUAGUGACCUGGCCUAUUUUAAUAAUAUCGAAUUUAAAAAAAAUAAUACUUUUGAAUGCCUAUUUGAUCAUUUUUUAAUCGUCACAUAUAUAUCUUCCGCUUCUUACCUCAGAUAUAUAUCCUGUAUUGAAAAACGCCUGAAUAUAUCCCCGUCAUCUGUUUGGUGGGCCUGGGUCGUUGAUCACGUGACAUUGAAUUAUUCGUCCUAACCCACGGCCCGGCCGCACCGCAAAAAUAUAAGCUGUUGGCACUCGGUUGGUGGCUCUGACCAAUCAGAUGACGAGAAUUUAUUCAGGUGUUGUAUAAACCAAAUAAGGAAUGUUUCACAUUCGUGCAAUGGAAAGAAUAAUAAUUACUUUCGGUGGCAGAUGGAAUGUUCCAUUCCACUCGGCUUCGCCUGUUGGAAUGGAAUGGCAUCCAUUUGUCACCUCAGGAAAUUAUUCUUACCAUUGCACUCGUAAACAUUCAAUAUUUUGUAUAACACCGCACUUGUUACACAUUUAAUCAAUAGAAAAUUAUAUGAAAUGUUUUUGGAAUUUCAUUUUUCCCAGUUAAUGAUUAUAGCUCAGCUGGCUCAGUAUUUGGAUUUCAUGCAUGAUUUGCAAUGAUUGUAGUUUGAAAAAAGAAAUUUAAGAUUGGCACAUUAUGAGCGAAAUACUGUUACUGAACAAAAAUAUAAUUUUAAAAUAUGUUCGAAUUUUUGCAGUUUAAACAGGAUAACAGGGAUGCGUUUUAAGUAUUUAACCUUUUUUUCUUCGUGCAUCAAAUGCACUUUUAAUUUUUAAUUUUUAAUUGAAACACAACUGUAAAAAACAUAUUGUACAUAUUUUAAAGGAAUAUAUAUGUUUAUUAUUGAGCAACAUUUCAUUGUGUUUUUUUUUUGUUUCUGGUUCUUCAGCUUUUGCGAGCUAUUACAAACAGUAAUAUUUGUUUUAAUUAACUUAAAUAUUAUCAGGAUAUUCCCACAAAAUAUGUUUGCUGAAAAUAAGCUAUUGCCUUUGUAAACAUAAUGAUUAAAAAAUCCAGUGUACGUCAAAGUAGGGGGAUCGAAAACAAAUAAAUAUAUUAAUCUUUUCCAAUUUCA